AUGUACAGGCAGGUCGCUACCGCUCUCUCCUUCGCCAGCCUCGUGCUCGGCCAGCAAGUCGGCACCCUGACGGCCGAGACUCACCCCUCGCUCCCCAUCGAGGUGUGCACGGCUCCCGGUUCCUGCACCAAGGAGGACACCACCGUGGUCCUUGACGCCAACUGGCGCUGGACUCACGUCACUGACGGCUACACCAACUGCUACACGGGCAACGCGUGGAACGAGACUGCGUGCCCCGAUGGCAAGACCUGCGCGGCCAACUGCGCCAUCGAUGGUGCCGAGUAUGAGAAGACCUACGGCAUCACGACGCCCGAGGAAGGCGCGCUCCGCCUCAACUUCGUCACCGAAUCCAACGUCGGCUCGCGCGUCUACCUGAUGGCCGGCGAGGACAAGUACCGCCUCUUCAACCUCCUCAACAAGGAGUUCACCAUGGACGUGGACGUCUCCAACCUCCCUUGCGGCCUGAACGGCGCCGUCUACUUCAGCGAGAUGGACGAAGACGGUGGCAUGUCCCGCUUCGAGGGCAACAAGGCCGGCGCCAAGUACGGCACCGGUUACUGCGACUCGCAGUGCCCCCGUGACAUCAAGUUCAUCAACGGCGAGGCCAACUCUGAAGGCUGGGGUGGCGAGGACGGCAACUCGGGCACCGGCAAGUACGGCACCUGCUGCGCCGAGAUGGACAUCUGGGAGGCCAACCUUGACGCCACCGCGUACACCCCCCACCCGUGCAAGGUCACCGAGCAGACCAGGUGCGAGGACGACACCGAGUGCGGCGCUGGUGACGCUCGCUACGAGGGCCUGUGCGACAGGGACGGCUGCGACUUCAACAGCUUCCGCCUCGGCAACAAGGAGUUCUACGGCCCGGAGAAGACGGUCGACACCAGCAAGCCCUUCACCCUCGUGACCCAGUUCGUCACCGCCGACGGCACCGACACGGGCGCCCUCCAGAGCAUCCGCCGCUUCUACGUCCAGGACGGCACCGUCAUCCCCAACUCGGAGACCGUCGUCGAGGGCGUCGACCCCACCAACGAAAUCACCGACGACUUCUGCGCCCAGCAGAAGACCGCCUUCGGUGACAACAACCACUUCAAGACCAUCGGUGGCCUGCCCGCCAUGGGCAAGUCGCUCGAGAAGAUGGUCCUCGUCCUCUCCAUCUGGGAUGACCACGCCGUCUACAUGAACUGGCUCGACAGCAACUACCCCACCGACGCCGACCCGACCAAGCCCGGUGUUGCCCGCGGCCGCUGCGACCCCGAGGCCGGUGUGCCCGAGACCGUCGAGGCCGCCCACCCGGACGCCUACGUCAUCUACUCCAACAUCAAGAUUGGUGCCCUCAACUCCACCUUCGCCGCCGCUUAA